UUAUGUGUGUAAGUAGUGUGUGUGGGUCACCAUAAUUUCAUAAUCCUACUCUUCACCUUUCACCCACAUAACAUUAACAAAUCUUUUUCUCUUUUUCUAGAUUCCUCUGUUUUCUUCUCAGGAUUUCAAGCCUUUAAAAAAAUACAAAUAAAUGGUUUUGUGUGAGAAACAGAGCAUUUGAGGGUCAAGAUUUAUGUGGGGUUGGUUUAUUUGUUGAAGUUAUUGAAGAAUUGAGCUAAAGUUUUGUUUUUUAGUGGGGGGAAAAAGAUAAAUAUAUUUGGGAUAUUUUUGAUUGUUUGAUGGGAACAUGAGAAAGUGUUUCAAAGAUUCACUUAAAUCCCUUGAAGCUGAUAUUCAACAUGCCAAUACUUUGGCAUCAGAUUAUCCAAGGGAAUAUGAUGGUGGUUGCCUUCAAAUGAGAUUAUCAUACAGCCCAUGUGCUCACUUCUUUUUGUUUUUUGUUCAAUGGAGUGAUUGUCAUCUUGCUGGUGCUCUUGGUUUACUCAGAAUUCUUAUUUACAAGGCGUAUGAAGAUGGGAAGACGAGCAUGUAUAUUCAAGAGCGGAAAGCUACUAUAAGAGAAUUCUAUGGCAUUAUAUUUCCAUCUUUAUUGCAACUUCAAAAGGGAAUCACCGACAUUGAAGAUAAAAAACAGAAGGAGCUCUGCGCAUCCAAGUAUCAAAGAUUCGAUGAAAUGAGUAAAGGUAAACUAUCCGAAAUUGAUAUGGAACGUGAGGAAGAAUGCGGGAUUUGCUUAGAAUUGAGCACCAAGGUUGUCUUGCCUGAUUGUAACCAUUCCUUGUGUAUGAAGUGCUACAUGAAUUGGCGUACACGAUCUCAAUCAUGUCCAUUUUGCCGUGAUAAUUUGAAACGGGUAAACUCAGGUGAUCUAUGGAUCUACACUUGUCGUUAUGAAGUCAUUGAAUUAUCGGCUAUCGCAAGAGACAAUUUGAGGAGACUUCUUUUGUACAUUGAGAAGCUACCUCUUAUUGUUGUGGAUCCUGUAACUAUUUCUUAUGACCCUCGUUAUAGGUGAUGGUGGCUCAGUUUCUUUGUGGAAAGUGUUUAUUUAAUUUGUACAUAUGAUUGUUGUUUGAUUGAUAUUGGAAUUGAACAGUCUCCAAGUGAUGACAAAAACCAAUGAUAGAUUGGUAUAGUGAUAUAAGUUUAUUAAGGUAUAGUGGAAGUUGUACAUUGUUUCAGAUUUGAUUUUUUUUUCCUUUCACAAUUGGCAUGUAUAUAAUUUUUAUGUUCAUUGGAUUUGAUAUGAAUAUAAAUGUGAA